AUGCCUACUAUGUCAAAAAGUGCGGGCAAAGAAGAAGAACAUGGGUUACAGGAAGCCCAAGAGAGGACAUUCCCUGUAUUCUUCAGAGGAAAACUAGGGGAGAAGCUCCAUCAGGAGACCCCCGGGUUUGACCUGUUGGACCCCAACAUGAGAGUCAUGGAUGUUAGUUAUAACUGCCUCCACGACAAACACCUGAAGAGUUUUUUCCGCCAUCCGGAAAGGAAGAAGCGGCUGGUGAAGCAAGGCCUCAUCACCUCAAAUGAGAAGGUGCUGUGUACGUGUAAAGAGUACAAUCGCUACAGUAGCUACAUCAAGUCAGUUCAGUUGCUGUGGGAGAAGCAGUGCUGUGCCCUGCAGAAAAAUCUUUUGAAGCAGUUCCUAGUCUUGCAGCAGCAAGGGGAGGUUCCUUCCCACAUCUCACUGACGGAUAUUAGAGAAUGGCUCAUUGCCAAGGGUAGAAACUACUUCAAGAACACGUUUCAGAGUGAAAUGGAAGAGGGGAAGAACCUUCACUUGGCUGAACUGGCUUGGGAUGUGAAACGACGCCGCAGGCUUGAGGAGCUGGAAAGAGAAGUGUGCAGGGAGCUGCGCCUGGAGCGCCGAAUCUGCUGGUCGGUGAUUGGACAGGUAAGGAUGGAACAGCGGCACUCCUAGGGCUGAUAUCAACUCAUAGUUGCUUAAGCAGCAGUAGGACCUCAGUGUUUCUGUUGGUAUCUUCAUCCAUUUGCCUCUCUCUCUCACCCGUCUCUCUUAGCCUGGUAGCCAGA